AUCUGAAAAGGAAGUAAACGAGCCAGGUGAAAAAAGAGAUAUAAUAUUCCUUUAAAACCGACGUAUUUAUUGUUUUUAUAAUUCCAUACAUAAGUGCAUUUCAGGACUUUCAUUUGCUAUUUCCUCAAAUUGGAUUAACAUAUCUGUGUCGGUAAUAAAGACAACAAACAUAGCAACAAUUUUAAAUACAUGAAGACAAGGACGAUUGAACCAGUAUAAAAGAAACAGGCCAUGUCUUCCACUACUGAUGAUGUAGCCUCUACCGAUGAUGUUGUAGUAGGCUUAGAGGUCGGAGCAUUCGCCAUAGCUAUUUUACUUUCAAUUUUUCUUUCUUGCUUUGAGAGAAACAAACGUGGUGGAAGACCAGGUAUUGUGGUACCGAUAAACUUUUUGAAAGAUGAUAAUUUAGCCAUUGUUUAUACAGCUGCGUUCGGAUGUACUUCAAUUCAACUCCUGAAUUUGAUAUUAUUGAAAGGAUUCGUUUUAGAUUCGUUCAAUAUUCCACGAUUGGUUAUCCCUUGGGUUAGAGUUUUUGUUUGGCUGAUUAUGGCACUGUUUGUUUCCCUGAAAUUUUAUCCUGUAUUUGCUGUUAUAAGAUGCAAAAGAAUUAUCAUUGAACCAUUGAUUGGCCUGUUCUACACUUCAUUCAUAUUUUCAUCCUUAAUUUACCAGCUGACCAACUCUUUGGGUGUUAAAAGAGUAGAUGCUUAUGUUUUAGUUUAUAUACCCACAUCAUUAUGUUAUGUGAUAUUAAUUGGCUAUUUUCUGUACACGUCAGUUCGUCAAACCUAUAGUUUUGUCAGACGUCUUAAACAUGAUACAGAUAAUGAGGGCUCCAAACCAUGCACAAGCAAGCUGCAAUAUAAUUAUGUAAAAUGGUUAUUGAAAAACCCAGAACGCGACAUUGAAACACGUACAGACACAGGGUUGAAAAGGUCAAUCCAGGAAUGCAGUAAAAAUAUAAAAAACAAAAUUGGUGUGAGGUCUCCUCUACAUGCUUCACCCAGAGUAAUUGCAACAUUUGUUGUAGCAGCAAUUGCUUUAUUUCAGGUUGGCAUGGAUCUGCUCACUAGUUAUAUCUUCUAUCAACCUGGACUUCAGUUUACCACAUUCUUCAAACUGAAAUUCUUCAACACAUCUGGAGAAGCAUUUUUACCUGAAAUUGAAACAUUUUUUAUUGUUGCAGAUGCUGGUUUUUACACAUCAAUCUCUCUGUCCAGCAUAUUCAUGGUCGUUUAUAUCAUUGCUAUCUUCAUCAGUUAUCGUAAAGAUCUAGAAAAAAUGCAAAGAGGAGACUACACAUUCUUGCCAAUGAAACUCAGAAAGAGCUUAAAUGACAAUCUAGUGGCAUCAAGUUUACGAUAUUCCGGGGUACAGAUUGCAUUCUUAAUAUGGUGUUACAUAUUGAUAAUACUGAUGUUAUGGAUACUUUGCUUUAUGAUUGCCUACAUUAUAAUUUUGCCUUUAGCUGGAAAGAUUCCAUUUUCGUUUUUUGAGCCAGUACUUAUUAUUCUACCGUUAGUGAUGAUGAAUUUCGGCUUUAAGAAACUGCAAGUCUUUUUAUCAAGAACAUUCUUCCAACAAGAUUUUACUGUUAUUAUGUCUAAAGGGUUAAAAACUCAGAAAGCUCUUGCAUUAGACAAUCUAAAAAUAUUCAACAUAUUGUCUUUCUUCAUGUUCUUCUUCCACGUCAUCAUUGGAUUUAUAAGUUGUAUAAAUAGGAUUUUGAUUGGUCUAUUGAUUGGUCUUGUAUCACUAGCCAGGAUAGAUAAGUGUAUGCUUCCAAGAGGUUUUGAGAAGUUUGACAAAGGCUAUUCAACUUAUAUUGGUAUGUUAAUGGUAGAAGUUCAUCACAGAAAUCCAGUAGCGUCAGUAUUUUGCGACGAAUUGCUAGUUAUCAACAAAGAAACAGGAUGUGCUAACGUUUUACUGACACCUGUCAAAGCAAAACGAGGGAAAGUCGAAACAAAUAGCCAAAAACACAGACGGAUUUGCCGUAAAUGGUCUAAGCUAUACACACUUAUUAACAAUCCUUCGGCAAGACGUAAUUAUGUGGAACAGAACUUUGAAUGUUCAAUCGAUCAAGUUGAAAUCGCCAUGUAGUUGCACGACCGUGUUGAUUAAAGGAUUCACAAAGGAGUGGAAUUGUUGUAAUUUUAAAAUGGUCUUUAUUUCGAGGAUUGUUUACAGUAUUCACUAAGAUGAUGAUAGCUUGUAAGAAAAUUGGAGAGAUACACAUACAAUUUUCAUAGUGAAACGUGGUAUUUAUCAUUUAUAAUGUUGUUUUUUUUCUAUAUCAUUACUACCUUCGGGUACAUAUAUAUCACAAUGUUAGAGUAGAUCUGAUUCUUUAAUUCCUCCCCGACCGGGAAUGGAACCUUUAGUUUUACUUCUCACUUCUACGACAACACCGCCUAGCAUUGCACAGACGCUUUAACUCCUCUAACUAUGUAUAGCUGAUAAAAAUCAGCUUUCGUUUCGGGAGGUGUUACCUUCGCGUUACUACUCAUCUGUUUAGUAUAGCAUUUAUAGAUGCAGGAUGCUUUUCUAUUUUUUAGAAACAUACAAUCAAUGUAUAUAUAUACAUGUAUAUAUACGAUAAGAUGCGGGAUUAAAUCUAAACAAAUAAGAAACCCUACCAUGUGUUCAUGUGCCUGAAUUAUAUCAGGCACUUCUUCAGUUAUUGUCCAUCGUAAUAUCUUAAUGGUUUUAUCGUGUUAAGUAAAUUUGUAGCAGAUAUUUAAAAGUCUUUUGUAUGAUUAUUCUUUAAAAAAGAAAGGGAAUGAAGAUACCAAGGGAAAAAUCAAAAACCACAAUUAAAACAAAAUCGGACAAGACCAUGGAGGAAGCAAGACAACUCAUCUUGCCAAAUCGCCCCAGACCAACUCGCUCACUUUUGACCAACUCAGCCCACUUUCUAGGCCUGCAAACUCGCCCCACCAAAACAAAAUGAUGAGAUAGCCCAAGAUCCCAUCACCUACACCAUGGUUGUCUCCUGUACACAGCGUGGAAAGAGUAGGUUUGUAGAUAUCCACGGGUACAUAUUCAACGUGAAGGUAAGCACAUUUAUUUUAGACAAAAAUUAGAUAACAUAAUUAUCGUACAUUGCCGGCAGCAUAUCAACAACUGGACUCUUGACUCCAUGUGGUUGUGUCAACGGUCAAGUCGAUAGCUAUUGAACUGUAUAAAGAAACUCUAUGGUGUUGACAAUCUAGUAUGCCAUCAAAUUUGUGUUUAUGUUUUUGUAUCAAGAGCUGACAUUUCUCAUCUACUACGUUCAGUUUUUAUGCUUUGUCUUUAAUUGUGUGUUCAUUCCAGUGCUUGACAUUAAUUGAUUCUAACAAUUUGUUAUAUAUAAAAAAAGAAGAUUUGGUA